AUGCCGUGGCCUUUCUCGGAGUCCAUCAAGAAGAGGGCCUGCAGGUACCUGCUGCAGAGGUACCUGGGCCACUUCUUGCAGGAGAAGCUCAGCCUGGAGCAGCUCAGCCUGGAUCUGUACCAGGGCACCGGCUCCUUGACGCAGGUCCCUCUGGAUAAGUGGUGUCUUAAUGAGAUCCUGGAGUCUGCAGACGCACCUCUGGAAGUCACAGAUGGAUUUAUACAAUCAAUUUCUUUAUCUGUUCCAUGGGGGUCGUUGCUACAGGAUAACUGUGCAUUAGAAGUAAAAGGAUUAGAGAUGGUCUUCAGGCCAAGACCAAGGCUUGCAUCUGGGUCUGAGCCUAUGUAUUGGUCAAGUUUUAUGACCAGUAGUAUGCAGCUUGCAAAAGAGUGUCUUAGCCAAAAAUUGACAGAUGAACAAGGAGAAGGGUCCCAGCCUUUUGAAGGACUUGAGAAAUUUGCAGAAACUAUUGAAACAGUUCUAAGAAGAGUGAAGGUUAUCUUUUUAGAUACUGUUUUGCGAAUAGAACAUGUGCCGGAAAACUCUAAAAGUGGAACUGCACUUGAAAUCAGAAUCGAAAGAACUAUGUACUGUGAUGAAACUGCAGAUGAAUGCUCUGGAAUUAACGUACAUCAACCCACAGCUUUUGCUCACAAGUUACUGCAGCUCUCAGGUGUCUCUUUCUUCUGGGAUGAGUUUCCUGCAUCAGCAAAGUCCUCCCCAGUGUGUUCAGCUACACAGCUGGCAACUGAACCAAAGCUUUCACCCAGCUGGAAUCCAAAAAUCAUUUAUGAGCCACAUCCACAGUUAACAAGAAACUUGCCAGAAAUUACUCCUUCUGACCCUGUACAGAUCAGUAAGCUGAUUGGUAGAAUGGAGUUGAGCCUAACAUUAAAGCAAAAUGAAGUACUUCCUGGAGCUAAGUUGGACGUAGAUGGACAAAUAGACUCUGUACAUUUAUUUCUUUCACCGAGGCAGGUGCAUCUUCUAUUGGACAUGGUAGCAGCUAUUGCUGGACCAGGCAACCUAAGCAGGAUAGAACUGUCAAAUAAAGAUAGGAAGAACCGGCCAAUGCAACAGGAAGAUGAGUAUCGGAUUCAGAUGGAGUUGAAACGUUAUUUAAGAAAAGAGUCUUUAUCUGCAGGAGCGUCAUCUGAACAAAGCUUCUAUGACACAGAGAGUGCCAGAACGCCUUCUAGUCGUGAAGAAGAAGUUUUCUUCUCGAUGGCUGAAAUGGACAUGUCUCACAGCCUUUCCUCCCUUCCACCUCUUGGAGACCCUCCAACUAUGGAUCUAGACUUGUCUUUAACCAGUACAUAUACAACUACACCAGCAGGAUCUCCACUGAGCACUACAGUGCUUCAACCAACUUGGGGUGAUUUUCUUGAUCGUAACAAACAAGAACUACAACCUCCAAGAGGUUCUUCUCUUACAGCCAACAUGGUUCACCAGACUUCCUUAAGAAGAACAUCUAUUCCAUCCAGAUCUGUUUCUGUGGAUGAAUCCAGACCUGAGCUUCUUUUUAGACUGGCAGUUGGAACUUUCUCAGUGUCUGUACUUCAUAUUGACCCUUUACCCCCACCUGAAAGUUCACUGAACCUUAACCCAUUGACACCAAUGGCUCGGGAUUUCUUUACCCGCAUAGAAAAGAUUGAGCCAGUUAAGUUUUCAACAGAAGAUUUUCUGUCUUUCCGAGAAGUAUUUGCAGAAGCUUGUUCUCAUGAUCACCUUAGAUUUAUAGGUACUGGCAUCAAAGUGUCUUAUGAACAAAGACAAAGGACUGCCUCUCGAAGUUUUAGUACUGAUUUAUCCAUUGGGGAUAUGGAGUUCCUGGAAUGCCUUUUCUCUACUGACUCUCAUUCCAUUCAGCCUCACUAUACAGAGCUGCUGACAUUUCAUUCUGAAGAAGGAAAUGAUUCUCAUGCUAUGCCAUGCCUUCAGCUUCAUUAUAAGCAUUCAGAUAAUAGAGGAACUCAGGGUAGUCAAGGGAGACUCAGUUCUGUUCCACAGAAAGCAGAGUUACAAAUAAAGUUAAGUCCAGUGUUUUGUGAGCUGGAUAUUAGUAUUGUAGACAGAUUAAAUUCCUUACUUCAACCACAGAAACUAACUACAGUGGAGAUGAUGGCAUCUCACAUGUAUACUUCUUACAAACAGCACGUAAGUCUGCAUAAAGCAUUUACUGAAGUUUUUCUGGAUGAUUCACACACUCCUGCAAACUGUAGAGUUUCAGUUCAAGUCACUGCCCCAACAUUAAAUCUCUCUGUUCGCUUCCCAAUACCUGACCUACGGUCAGAUCAGGAAAGAGGACCAUGGUUUAAGAAAUCACUUCAGAAGGAGAUUCUUCACCUUGAAUUUACAGAUAUGGAAUUUAAAACUGAGUUUAUAGGAGGGUCAACUCCAGAACAAGUUAAAUUAGAACUUACCUUUAAAGAGCUAACUGGUUCCUUUGAAGAAGAUAAUGCAGAAGCGCCAAUAAAAUUUUUUCAAGUGUCUGGUGGCAUAGAUGGAGAUAUAACAUCAUCAUCAGACAAUUUUGACUGGCCUCGGAUUGUAUUGAAAAUAAACCCUCUGGCUGUGCACUCUAUUCUGGAAAGGAUAGCAGCUGAGGAGGAAGAAGGUGAUAAUAACUUUCAAGAGGAGGAAGAAGGAGGGUCUCAUUCUUUGAAGGAUGUUUGUGAUAUUAGAAGACCAGAGCCUUCUCCUUUUUCUUCUCGUAGGGUCAUGUUUGAAAAUGAAGAGAUGGUGAUGCCAGGAGAUGUAGUUGAAAUGACUGAGUUUCAGGAUAAAACAAUUAGCAAUUCUCAUUAUGUACUGGAACUCAUGUUACCAAACAUUCACUUAACAUUACCAAACAAAAGCUUUUAUGAAAGACUUUACAAUAGGAUCAGCAAUGAUUUAUUGUUGUGGGAACCCACAGCUCCAUCUCCUGUAGAAACUUUUGAAAACCUUUCUUACGGUGUUGGACUAUCUGUGGCCAGCCAGCUCAUCAACACUUUCAGUAAAGACAGCUUUAGUCAAUUUAAAUCUGCAGUUCAUUAUGAUGACGAGAGUGGAUCUGAGGAAGAAACACUACAGUAUUAUUCCACUGUGGAUCCAAAUUAUCGUUCACGCAGAAGGAAAAAGCUUGACUCUCAGAAUAAGAACUCACAAAGCUUUCUGUCUGUUCUGCUAAAUGUGACACAUGGAUUAGUGUCAAUAUUCACAGAUGUAAAGCAGGAUGAUGGAAAUACACUGGAAGGAAAAUACGGCGAAUUCUGGCUAGAGUUCAACAGUGGUUCACUUUUCAGCGUGACUAAAUAUGAAGGCUUUGAGGACAGACACUAUGUUUGUCUCCAUUCUAGCAGCCUCAAUUUGUAUCAUCAAGGUAUGGUAGAUGGGGUUGUCCCUUCCUCUGAAGUACGACUGCCCAGCACAAUACGUCCCCAUUGGUUAGAACCUACUAUUUGUUUUUCUGAAGAUGACGGUCUUAGUAGGACUGCUUCAGAUGGUGUAGGAGUGGAUUGUCCAAGUAUGUUGACUGUUGCAGUCAAAAUCCAAUCAGAUAAAAUAGAGAGCAAUACAAAGGAAUUUCUAGUUGCUGUUGGACUAAGAGGAGCCACACUUCAGCAUAGAGUGCUUCCUUCAGGUUUAAGCUGGCAUGAACAGAUUUUAUGUUUUUUGAAUAUUUCUGAUGAGCCUGUUCUGGGAUAUAAUCCUCCAGCUACAAUUACAACUUUUCAUGUACAUCUGUGGAGUUGUGCUCUUGAUUACAGGCCCUUGUUUUUGCCAGUCAGAUCUCUACUUACUGUUGAAACUUUCAGCAUUUCCAGCAGUGUUGCAGUAGAUAAAUCCUCUUCUACACUCAGGAUAAUUUUAGAUGAAGCUGCUUUGCAUCUGUCUGACAAGUGCAACACUGUUACGGUGAACCUCCAUAGAGAUUAUGUUCGUGUUAUGGAUAUGGGACUGCUGGAACUGACCAUUACAGCAGUAAAAUCUGAUUCUGAUGGGGAAAGAACUAAACCACGUUUUGAGCUGCACUGUUCCAGUGAUGUAAUCCAUAUUCGCACCUGCUCUGAUUCAUGUGCUGCACUAAUGAAUCUUAUACAAUACAUUGCAAGUUAUGGUGAUUUACAUCCACCUGCUAAGACAGAGAUUAAACGUGGAGUAAGCAAGCCCAAAAUGAAGGUAGAGACCUUUAGCCAACCAUCUUCCCAUGGACCAGUACUCGCUGAAUCGGAGCAACAGAUUUUACGGGAUUUGAUGAGUGAUGCAAUGGAGGAAAUUGAGACUCAGCAGACUGCUUCCACUAUGAAGCCAGAGUCUAAUGGAGUUUUGGAUGACAGAUCUCAAAGUCAGGAGCCAUCUUGCUCAGAUCUUUUCCUGUUUCCAGACGAAAGUGGAAAUGUCUCACAAGAGCCAAGUCCCACUUAUGCUUCAUUCACUCAUCACCUGAUAAAUGAGGCCAUGGGAGAUGUUCCUGUGGAAAGUGACGAUUUCUGCAUUCUUUUUGCACCUAAAGCUGCUGUUGCUGAAAAAGAGGAAGAGCCAGUAAUAAAAAUAAUGGUUGAUGAUGCAAUUAUCAUAAAAGAAAAUCAUUUCAGCCAACCUAUUAAAAAAACAGAUACAAGCAAAGCUCCACUUCAUUUUCCUGUUCCUCUGGUACGCUAUGUUGUAAAGGAAAUCUCUCUUAUUUGGCAUCUUUAUGGCGGAAGGGAUUUUGGGAAUGCACCACCAACAUCUCCAGCUAAAAGUUUCAUAAGUCCCCAUAGCUCUCCUUCUCAUACACCAACGAGGCAUGGCCGGGGUACAGCAUGUGGGGGAAGAGGAAGAAACCCAGACUUCCUCAUGGAAAUACAGUUAAGCAAGGUGAAAUUCCAGCAUGAGGUAUAUCCUCCAGGUGGUGCAGAAGGUGAAUCCAGUCUGUUGGAGCAGCCAGUGUCACGGCAGGUUUUUAUUGUUCAAGACCUGGAGAUUAGAGAUCGCUUAGCUACAUCACAGAUGAAUAAAUUUCUCUAUCUCUACUGCAGUAAGGAGAUGCCCAGAAAAGCACAUUCAAACAUGUUAACGGUUAAAGCAUUACAUGUCCGUCCAGAGUCUGGCAGAUCCCCACAGGAAUGUUGUUUACGUGUUUCGCUAAUGCCACUUCGCCUCAAUAUUGACCAGGAUGCCUUGUUUUUCCUGAAGGAUUUUUUCACUAGCCUCUCCGCAGAAGUAGAACUCUUAGUUACUCCAGAUCCUGAAGUUAAAAAGUCUCCUGGUGCUGAAGUUAUGUGUAGUUUGCCCAGGCAUGUCAGCAGCCUUAAGGACCCAAGUCCAGUCAUUUCUUUCUCAUCACACAAGCAAGCAAAUGAAAAUGGUAUCAUUGAUUCUAUGGAUGUGGUUAAUGGAGAUGAUUAUAAUUUCUCACAAGAAGUGACGUCAUACAGUGAUCAGCCAGUAUUUUUCAGAGAAUUUCGGUUUACAUCAGAAGUUCCAAUACGGCUUGAUUACCAUGGCAAACAUGUAUCAAUGGAUCAGGGGACACUAGCUGGGAUUCUUAUUGGGCUUGCUCAGUUAAACUGCUCAGAAUUAAAGCUGAAGAGACUUUGUUACAGACACGGUUUAUUAGGUGUGGAUAAAUUGUUCUCCUAUGCCAUCAGUGAAUGGCUUAAUGAUAUAAAGAAAAACCAGCUACCAGGAAUUUUGGGAGGAGUAGGGCCUAUGCAUUCGCUAGUGCAGUUAGUCCAAGGUCUGAAAGACCUGGUGUGGUUACCAAUAGAGCAGUACCGAAAGGAUGGCCGUAUUGUAAGAGGCUUUCAAAGAGGAGCAGCUUCUUUUGGUACUUCCACUGCAAUGGCAGCACUGGAGCUAACAAACAGAAUGGUUCAGACUAUACAGGCAGCUGCAGAAACUGCGUAUGAUAUGGUAUCACCAGGGCCUACUUUUAUUGAAGCAAAAAAGAUCAAACGAUUCCCUCGCCAUCGUUUAGCUCAUCAGCCAGUAGACCUACGGGAAGGUGUAGCCAAAGCAUAUAGUGUAGUAAAAGAGGGGAUUACGGACACAGCCCAAACCAUCUAUGAGACUGCUGCUCGUGAGCAUGAAAACAGAGGAGUGACUGGAGCAGUAGGAGGAGUCCUCCGCCAAAUUCCACCAACUGUGGUGAAACCUUUCAUUGUUGCAACAGAGGCAACCUCAAAUGUUCUAGGUGGAAUGAGAAACCAGAUCAGGCCAGAUGUGCGUCAAGAAGAGUCUCAGAAGUGGCGCCUUGGGGAGGACUGAGAUGAUAAAUCUGGCUCAGCAGGCAGGUAGCAAGGCUGGAAAUGCAGAAGAUUGUCCCGUUGGCAGCUUUAGGUGGAGCUCACUUUGUUUUGUCAUGCUCAUCUCAGGAACAAAUGAGGUUUUCGACUAUUAUUAGCAAAACAUCCAACCAAAAAUAUUUAUGAUGUGAAAAGCAAAUUGGUACUUGCUUGUUCUGUGUGUUACCAAUACAUUUGGUAGAUAGUGCCAAACAUAGCGAAGCACAUGCUGCCAACUCAGAGACAUGCUUGCUCUAUUCCGUUUACCAUAUUUUUCUUGGUAGAUUUAACAUCUGAAGCAGUAGCCUGUAUGGUGAAACUAAGUAUACUUUAAAGAUGUUUUCUGAGCAUAGUCAAAGAACCGUCUUCAAUAAAGAGCUCUGCAGAUGCUCUUCACUGACUAAAGGAUAAAAGCUUUCAUUUUGGACAUGAGACAUGAAGGCUAUGUAAUAUGGAAGAAGAUAAGCUAGUAUCGUUUAGUGGUCAUAAGCAUUGCUUUUAGCGUGGCAGUUACAGCAAGGGCAAGCUUGAUAGCCAUUCAGAAUUUAGAUUCAGUGUUGAUACAUCUGUGAACAGGAUUUGUUCCUAAAUAUUAAAUACCUACUUUUGUGGGUCUUUGAAGAACCUGAAUGUUGCAGAAAUGUUCUGUUGUGUUGCACUUUAAAGGAUAUGGCCUGUAUAUUGUGCUUUUUUUAUAGUGUGAAUAAAAUGUAAUGUGCAUUAUCCUUUAUGUGGUUUAGAAGCUUAUACAAAUUACUGAAAAGAGCAUCAUUUGAUGAUGAUCCUACAGAAAAGUGUCUUAAAUUUGUUUAAACUACUCAUUAUGUAAAAACACUUUUGUCUUCUGUUACACUAAUUACAGUGCUAAAAGUAGUUAUUCUUCAGGAAAGCAGCAGUUAAAUAUUAUUAAGGCCAACAGUUCUUUGUAAGAAUGAGAAAUCCUAAGUAAAGUAAAAACAAAUUAUUUCAUAAUUUCAUAGUUAAAAUUCUAUACAGGCUUCAUUUUAAUAAUUUGCUUUUAUUUAAAGUUCAUAUUGUUGCAAAGCUGCUUCUCACUCAAGAUAUUUUUUAUUUAAAUUGUGUGUUGUCAGUUAUUUGUCAAUGAGUAUUUGGAGUAAUUUAAUUUGAACUGGGGAUGGGUAAGAGGAUUUAAAAAAAAAAAAAAGACAACAUCAAAAAUCAAAGUUGGUACUGACAUUAUUUACAGUUUAAUAGGUGACCAGGGUUUCCACAGAGCUUUAUUAAGCAUCUGACAUUGUACCAUUUCUGGGCAGUUAAAAGGCUCGGCACUAGCUGUGCAGGAAUAAACUUUUUUCCUUGUAUUAACAAAAACUGGAGGAUAAAAAGUAAAGGCUAUUCUGUAUAGAAAAAUACUCAUUUUGAAUUUCAGCAACUUAACACUUUGGGUGACUAUCCAGAACGUAAGUUUGUCAUAGUCCUGUGCUUCUCAUAAGUGGAAAUCCUGCAAAUAUGCUAUGGAAAAUCUCCACUGAAAGAGGAACAUCAGAUGCUUUUGAUCAGACUUCGGUCUCUAAGGGUGAUGAGGAGGUAGUUUCCUUCUCUUUUAUUUAAUACCUGCCACUAGCAAAAACUUCGUUGAUGGGCCUUACAGGACAAAUAGGAGUGAAUGAAGGAAAAUAGUUACUGCUUGUUCAUCUUGAUAUUAUACUAGCUAUUCCUGAACACCAAAGAAUCUCUCUGGAGGGUAGAUGAUUUGCAAAUCUCCCCUCUGCUGGGAAGACUUCUGCAGUCUGCUUUAUUUUUCAUAAAACAAAACUCCAGUUACAAAUAAAUUCUUGCAUUGGGUGACAGGUGAUAUUACACAGUUUUAUUUUCAUUCGAUGGAAUCAUCUUAAGUUGUGGUACGCUUUGAAGACCUGGUUAUUUCAGUUAAACAACUUCCUGUAAGCAGAAGGAGAUGCUUUUGAGAGGACAAAUACCUGCAGAUUUAAUGACAUAAAAUAUUUUCUGAUGUAAAAAUACUUGCUGCGGUUCAUACUUGUGUCCAGUAAUUGAAGAGCUCUGCUUUAGCGAAAGCUCGAAGCUUGAGCGUUUUGCACAGGAAUGAGUUCCAUGUUUGCAAUUUAGCACCUCCUGAAUGCCUUCUCAAGAAGUGGCAAUGAGUCAAUGCAAGUAAGUAGCAAUGCAUCAUUUUCAUUUGCAGUUACCAUACUGUGUAGUUUUGGCUGGUCCACUUCGUCCAGUUAAUUAGAGUUUACUGUAAUAGUAUAAAUCUACAUAUUUUCUUCAUUUUUGACAUUGCUGAAAAGGAGCAGUGGCAUUCCAGUGUUCAUUUCAUUUUCAAUUCUGUCAUGAUCUGAUUGUACUGCAAUGCAAUUAGAAUAUAUUUUUAUAUGAGGGCAUGCUGUCAAGGUAAAACAUUUUUAUAGAGUGUCUCUCAUUGUCAGCAAUACAGAUUGUACAAAUUUAUUAAACUUCACUUUUCAUUAUGUAAAUCCUUGC